GAAAUCAUAGAAACCCAUAAUCACAUUUCUUUAUUCUCUCUCACAAAAUUCUUGUCAAGUGAUUGCAUGAAAUUAUUUUCAAUAUAAGGCAUCCACACACAAGUCCCUACCAAAAAAGACCAAAUUAAAGGUUCCUUAUAGUCAUCUCUCUGGGCUAUUCGCUGCUUGCCUUCUUCCCAUUUUCUUGGUUAUAUAAAAGCUUUCAGAGUGUUCAUCAUGGUGACAACACAUUCUUAUAGUAAUAAGAGGCAAAAGGCAAGCCUCUUUAUUACAAUCAGUUUCCUGGCAACUUUCUUUCAAUUCUUGCAACCUCAAUUGGUGUCUUCUGCAUCAGCAGCAGCACCAUUUACCAAAGGUAAAAUGGUGACAGUGUUGAGCAUCGAUGGAGGCGGUGUCAGAGGCAUCAUUCCAGGCACCCUUCUCGCCUCCCUCGAAUCAAAGCUUCAGCAACUGGAUGGACCCAAUGCAAGAAUUGCAGACUAUUUUGAUGCGGUGGCCGGGACGAGCACCGGUGGGCUGGUGACCAUCAUGAUUACAGCUCCGAAUAAAGAGAAUCGUCCUUUGUAUGCUGCCAAGGAUAUCAACAAGUUCUACUUGGAGAACUCCCCCAAGAUCUUCCCUCAAAGCAGCCGCAACAAUUUCAUAAAGAAGUUCUCAAGCUGGUUUGGCUCAGUCACAGGGCCAAAGUAUGAUGGGAAGUACCUGAGAUCAUUAGUGAGGGAUUCACUAGGCAAUGUCACCAUCAAACAAACCCUAACUGAUGUAAUCAUACCGGCUUUCGACAUCAAACGCCUUCAACCAAUAAUCUUCUCUAGCGAUAAUGCAAAAGAAAAUGCUUCAAAGAACGCUCUGUUAUCAGAUAUUUGCAUAGGCACUUCUGCAGCUCCCACAUUUUUCCCAGCACACUACUUUGAGACUAAGUAUGGCGAUGGAACGACACGUAGUUUCAAUCUCAUCGAUGGCGGUGUGGCUGCAAAUAAUCCUACUCUAGUGGCCAUGAGCCACAUUUCCAAACAAAUCUUAUUGGGAAAAUUCAAGUUUGUGGACAUUAGACCCAUGGAGAGCAACAGGAUGUUAGUCAUAUCACUCGGCACCGGGGCAGCCAAGCAAGCAGAGAAGUACAGUGCAGCCACAGCCUCCAAAUGGGGUCUGCUCAACUGGGUAUACGACAACGGUGCCACACCAUUGUUUGAUGUGUACGGCGAUGCAAGCUCUGAUAUGGUCGACAUUCAUGUCUCCACUCUCUUCCAAGCCCUCCAUUCCGAGAAGAACUACCUUCGUAUUCAGGAUGACACAUUAACGGGUGAUGCAUCAUCGGUUGAUAUUGCGACGAAGGAGAAUAUGGAAAGGCUUGUGGAGAUUGGAGAAGCGCUGUUGAAAAAACCAGUGUCGAGGGUGAAUUUGGAGACAGGCAAGUUUGAGACAGUGCAGGGAGAAGGUACUAAUGAGGAUGCUCUUGGCCGCUUCGCUAAGCUGCUCUCUGAUGAAAAGAAGAACCGGAAAAGAAACUAAAAAUUCCAGUUUGAGAAAAAGACUACGCAAUAAUGUAUUAUGUAGGAUGAUACAGAGCUAAGAAUGAUUGUAAUCUUUUACAAAAAUAAUGAGUACAACUCAAUAAUUGUGUCAUAUUUGUUGUGUGUAUAUAUAUUAUGAGACCAAAAAAGUUCAUGUCGA